GACAAGAAUAGGGAGAGCCGACUGCUUUGCCGGCGCGGCGGCGCCCGGCGCUUCAAAUAGAAUCAGUUUUAGAGGACGACCGAUGCCGGGGUGGGUUGGGGAUAGUAACCGGCCGCCUGAGUUUCUUGCCGUGUCGGCUCACUUAGGCCCAUCCGAAUUUGGAUCACGGCUCAGUUUGGCCCAUUUUCUACUACCUGGAACUGGAGUGUUGCUAGAAAGAAAGAGAAAAGAAAAAAAGAAAAAGAAAAACUACCUGGAACUGGAGGGAGGCGGAGAAGCCAGUCGUUCAUCUUCAUCCGCCCGCGUGCAGCCAUUCUAUCCAAAAACGGCGGGCAACCCCGCUUGGCUUCUUCGAUCCAAAAAUAAAUCGCACCAUUUUCACCCAUCACUCGCAGGUCGCAGCCUCUUCCUGAUGCUUCGCCUCUCCAUCGCCGCCCUCACCUCACCUCUCCUACCGACGUCCGUCCCCGCCGUCCGACCCCAUCCGCGUCGCCUACUCCGCCUGCGCGUCCGCUCCCUCGCCGCCGCCUCCUCGCUCUCGCCGUCCGCCCGCAGCCUCCGCCUCCUCGAAUGGGGCAAGGUGUGCGACGCCGUCGCCUCCUUCGCCGGCACUGCCCACGGCCGCGACGCCACAAAGAAACAACUGUGGGAGGUGGAAGAUGUGAGCUAUGAGCAGAGCCAGAGGCUGCUCCAGGAGACGGAGGCGGCCGUGUGGCUGCUUGACAAUGCUGGUGGGGCGAUGGAUUUCUCGGGGUUGGAUACAGUUGCGAUAGAGUCAGCAAUACAUUGUGUUUCUGGGGGCGCCGUGAUAAAAGGCCUGGAAGCAAUGGCAGUCGCUAGCCUGAUGCUGUUUGUUGAAUCCUUGCAAGUAAAUAUUAAAGCUGCCAUAAAGCUGGAUGAAGGCUCACGUAGUCGAUUAACGACACUUACCGAAACAAUUUUAGAUGCUGUCAUUAACAAGUCACUAGUGAAAUCCAUACAAGAUAUCAUUGAUGAUGAUGGCUCUGUUAAAGAUACUGCAAGCCCUGAGCUAAGACGGUACCGAGACCAAGUACAGCGGCUAGAGAGCAGGUUAUAUCAGCUUAUGGACAAGUUGAUGCGCAAUGCUGAUGAUGAAGCUUCCUUGUCGGAAGUAUGCAUUGUAAAUGGAAGAUGCUGCAUUAGAACAACCACGGAUAAUUCUUCAAUUUUUGAUGGAUUAUUGCUCUCCAGCGGGUCAGGUGCUGGAAGCAUGAUAGAACCAAUUGCUGCUAUUCCGUUGAACGAUGAGUUGCAGGAAUCAAGAGCACUAGUGGCUAAAGCUGAACUGGAUGUCUUAUCAAAACUUACUGAUAAGAUUCUUCUUGAUCUUGAUAGCAUUCAGAAUUUGCUUCAGGAAACAAUUAAACUCGAUAAGAUCGCAGCUCGUGCAAAAUACAGUAUAGCAUAUGAUGGAACAUUUCCUGACCUGUAUUUGCCAAACUUUGAGAAUGAAACUGUCACUAGUGCUACAUGUGGAUCUGUCGAACAAAUUUCCUCAGCUCAACUUCCUAAGAAGGCAUGGAAACUGUACAUGCCAAAUGCAUACCAUCCACUACUUCUUCAGCGGCAUCAGGAAAAUAUCCAUCGUGCUAAAAGGGAUGUUGCAAGUGCCACAGCGGAGAUCCGGAGGAGGAGGAUAUAUGGGCAAGAUAUUGCAGAAGAUCAAUUGGCGUCAGACCUUGAUUCCAUGAAACUUAGGGUUUCCCAAUUGGAGAAAGACCAGCCAGUACCAGUAGAUUUUAUGGUUGCUGAAGAAACUACUGUCUUGGUCAUAACUGGCCCAAAUACAGGGGGUAAAACAAUUAGCUUGAAGACGGUUGGCCUGGCAUCAUUGAUGGCUAAGAUAGGUCUAUACAUUCUAGCUUCUGAACCAGUAAAAAUUCCAUGGUUCAAUGCUGUUUAUGCUGACAUUGGAGACGAGCAAUCUCUGACCCAAUCACUCUCUACAUUUUCUGGGCAUCUGAAGCAGAUUGGUGCCAUUCGUGCAGAGUCAACUUCAGAGUCCUUGGUCCUUUUGGAUGAGGUAGGUGCUGGGACAAACCCACUUGAAGGAGCCGCUCUGGGGAUGUCUCUUUUGGAGUCUUUUGCUGAUGCUGGCUCCUUCCUGACUCUAGCAACAACACAUCAUGGAGAACUUAAAACACUAAAAUACAGCAAUAACUCAUUUGAGAAUGCAUGCAUGGAAUUUGAUGAAGAGAAUCUAAAGCCUACAUUCAAGAUACUAUGGGGAAUACCAGGUCGCUCGAAUGCAAUCAAUAUUGCUGAAAGGCUGGGUUUGCCUUUGGAUAUAGUAGAAAGCUCCAGGCAUUUACUUGGAACAGCUGGUGCAGAGAUAAAUGCUUUGAUAAUGGACAUGGAAAGAUUCAAACAAGAAUACCAACAACACCUUCAGGAGGCACAAUAUCUUCUUAUGCAGUCCAAGGAGCUUCAUAACAACUUGGAACUGGCACAAAAGAAUAUUGUAGACCACACUUCUGCUCAGAGAAAACGAAAGGCGAGAGUAAUUUCAGAGUAUGCUGUUAUGGCCCGUUCUAUCAUUCGUAAGAAGUUUCAGCAGCUCCAGGAAUCUGCUAUAGCUGAAAGACUGAAAGAAGAGAAGGCUGUGAAUGAUGCCAAAUCUGAUACAGUGAAGGAUCAUGUGCUGGCAAAUACUUCUGCCAUUGGAAAGACACAGAACAUAGAUACCAACUUGGGCAUGGCAACCAACGAUGAUGAAGGCGGGGUUCCGGAAGUUGGAGAUUCAGUCUAUGUUCCUAAGCUCAAGAACGAAGCUACUGUAGUCAAAAUAGAUUUGUCCAAAGAUGAAGUUCAAGUCCAAGCCGGUAUGAUGAAACUCAAACUAAAGUUGAAAGAUGUUAAGGUUCAGAAGCGGAAAGUAUCCAGAUAGAACAUUUAGCAGAGAUUCAGAUAAGUAUGCAUAUGCUGUUUCAUCCAAUUCCUACCAUUUCACUGGCCUCAUUUUUCAGCAAUAAUUAAUAUAUAGUCUUUCAAGUGAAAAUAUAGAUUCGUUAUCUGCAUGCAUUUUAUUUCUUAGCAAACUACUUGCGGUACUCUAAAACCCUUCAGCACAGUUUGAGAACAGCUUCAGAAUAUCACUUUUUAGAAAAGGAGCUUGAGACUAUCACUUGUAUAUGCAAUACAGUUCAUCGCUAAUUUAUAAAUUGUAGUAGCAUGCCAAUGAAAUAGUUUAGCACUAGUUGGUCAUUGGACCAAAUUGGCCACAUUGUAGAGAUGUUUCUGUGCUGCACGUGAAAUUAUGGUCAAUCA